UGAUAUAAAUAAUCAUCUUUUAAUCGAUGAAGAAUACAUUCAAUUAAAAAAAGAAUUCCAUACUGAAUUUAUUAUUAAAAAUGAAAUAUUUGAUGAAAGUGAUUCAAUGGAACAUGAUUCAAUUAAAGAAGAAUAUGAUUCAAUGGAGGACCCUGAAGCAAUUAAGAAGAGGGAAAUAUUAGAAGAAAAUGUUACAACAAAACAUGAACGGAUUGAUUUAAAUGAAAAGUUUUCUUUGGAAAAAUAUAAAACAAUAAAACUUGAACAUGAAUUAAAUACAGAAAUUAUUAUAAAAGAUGAAUUAUUUGAUGGAAAUGUUUUAGAACAUGAAUCAAUUCAAAAUGAAAUCAAGAAUAUUUCAUGUGACUUUUGUGAUAAAAAGUUUGCUCAUCCAAGCACUUUAAUUAUACAUAAACGAACUCAUACUGGAGAAAAACCGUUUCCCUGUGAAAUUUGUGAUAAAUCAUUUACUUUACGAUUUGAUUUAGAACGACAUAAACGGACUCAUACUGGAGAAAAACCGUUUUCCUGUGCAAUUUGUGGUAAAUCAUUUACUCUUCGAGCUAAUUUAGAAAGGCAUACUCGGGCUCAUACUGGAGAAAAACCUUUUUCAUGUGAAAUUUGUAAUAAAUCAUUUACUCAUCAAAACGGUUUAGACUAUCAUAAACGGGCACAUACUGGAGAAAAGCCUUUUUUCUGUGAAAUUUGUAACAAAUCAUUCACUCAAAAAAACGGUUUAGACUAUCACAUACGGACUCAUACUGGAGAAAAGCCUUUUUCCUGUGAAAUUUGUGAUAAAUCCUUUAAUCUUCGAUCUAAUUUAGUUCAACAUAAACGGACACAUACUGGGGAAAAACCUUUUUCCUGUGAAAUUUGUAAUAAAUCUUUUACUCUUCGAGGUAAUUUAGAAAGACAUAAUCGGACUCAUACUGGAGAAAAACCGUUUUCCUGUGAAAUUUGUGACAAAUCAUUUAAUCAUAAAAGCGGCUUAGACUAUCACAAACGGACACAUACUGGAGAAAAACCUUUUUCCUGUGUAAUUUGUGACAAAUCAUUCCCUCAUCAAAGCGGUUUAGACUAUCACAAACGGACUCAUACUGGAGAAAAACCUUUUUCCUGUGAAAUUUGUGAUAAAUCAUUUAAUCUUCGAUCUAAUUUAGUUCGACAUAAACGGACUCAUACCAGAACUGAAUUUAUUAUUAAAAAUGAAAUAUUUGAUGAAAGUGAUUCAAUGGAACAUGAUUCAAUUAAAGAAGAAUAUGAAUCAAUGGAGGACCCUGAAGCAAUUAAGAAGAGGGAAAUAUUAGAAGAAAAUGUUACAACAAAACACGAACGGAUUGAUUUAAAUCAAGAGGUUUCAUUGGAAAAAUAUAAAACAAUAAAACUUGAACAUGAAUUAAAUACAGAAAUUAUUAUAAAAGAUGAAUUAUUUGAUGGAAAUGUUUUAGAACAUGAAUCAAUUCAAAAUGAAAUCAAGAAUAUUUCAUGUGACGUUUGUGAUAAAAAGUUUGCUCAUCCAAGUACUUUAAUUAUACAUAAACGAACUCAUACUGGAGAAAAACCUUUUUCCUGUGAAAUUUGUGGCAAAUCAUUUACUCUUCGAGCUAAUUUAGAAAGACAUAAUCGGGCUCAUACUGGAGAAAAACCUUUUUUCUGUGAAAUUUGUAACAAAUCAUUUACUCAACAAAACGGUUUAGACUAUCACAAACGGACACAUACUGGAGAAAAACCUUUUUCCUGUGAAAUUUGUGAUAAAUCCUUUAAUCUUCGAUCUAAUUUACUUAAACAUAAACGGACACAUACUGGGGAAAAACCUUUUUCCUGUGAAAUUUGUAAUAAAUCUUUUACUCUUCGAUGUAAUUUAGAAAUACAUAAACGGACUCAUACUGGAGAAAAACCGUUUUCCUGUGUAAUUUGUGGUAAAUCAUUUACUCUUCGAGGUAAUUUAGAAAGACAUAAUCGGACUCAUACUGGGGAAAAACCUUUUUCCUGUGUAAUUUGUGACAAAUCAUUCCCUCAUCAAAGCGUCUUAGACUAUCACAAACGGACUCAUACUGGAGAAAAACCUUUUUCCUGUGAAAUUUGUAACAAAUCAUUUACUCAUCAAAACGGUUUAGACUAUCACAAACGGACACAUACUGGAGAAAAACCUUUUUCCUGUGAAAUUUGUGACAAAUCAUUUAAUCAUAAAAGCGGCUUAGACAAUCAUAAACGAACACAUACUGGAGAAAAACCUUUUUCCUGCGAAAUUUGUGACAAAUCAUUUAAUCAUAAAAGCGGCUUAGACUAUCACAAACGGACUCAUACUGGAGAAAAACCUUUUUCAUGUGAAAUUUGUAACAAAUCAUUUAAUCAUCAAAACGGUUUAGACUAUCACAAACGGACACAUACUGGAGAAAAACCUUUUUCCUGUGAAAUUUGUGACAAAUCAUUUAAUCAUAAAAGCGGCUUAGACAAUCAUAAACGAACACAUACUGGAGAAAAACCUUUUUCCUGCGAAAUUUGUGACAAAUCAUUUAAUCAUAAAAGCGGCUUAGACUAUCACAAACGGACUCAUACUGGAGAAAAACCCUUUUCCUGUGUAAUUUGUGACAAAUCAUUCCGUCAUCAAAGCGGUUUAGAAAAUCACAAACGGACUCAUACUGGAAAAAAACCUUUUUCCUGUGAAAUUUGUGAUAAAUCAUUUAAUCUUCGAUCUAAUUUAGUUCGACAUAAACGGACUCAUACCAGAAAAAUUUAAUU